AUGCAUUUAUAUUUUAGAAAAUACAAGGGAAGCAGCGCUUCUACCGCUUCCAAGGACGGCACGCCACUGUAACAUAGGUCUUUUACUGUUUGAAAUUUUUUUUGUUUCAGAAAUGUUUUCAAUGAUGAAAUAGUAAAUCCAUUUUAGGAACUUCAAGCGGAGAAAAUGUUAGAAGAAGCAACAAAAUCUGGCAGUUGGUUGAUUCUUCAAAACUGUCAUCUGGUUCCUCAUUGGAUGCCCAUUUUGGAAAAUAUAUGUGAAGAAAUAAGAACCUCCAAAACCAUUCAUAAAAGUUUUCGGUUGUGGCUGACCAGUUAUCCAUUUACAGAAUUUCCUGCUUCUAUUCUCAUAAAUGUUAUCAAAGUGGCCAAUUACAUUCCGAACAAUCUGAGAGACAAUCUACUCUUUUCCUAUUCCGAUAUUAUUUUACAAAGUGAUUGCAAGCAUGAAGACUGGCACAGAAUUGAAUUUACUUUGAGAUUCUUUGACACAAUUUUGCAUGAAAGAAGAAGAUAUAUUCCACUUGGAUGGAGAAUUCCCUAUGAAUUUAAUCGGAAUGAUCUUCAAAUGAGUUUGCAGCAAACACAAAUUCAUCUAAUUGAACGCAAUGAUUAUCUGUGGAAGACUCUAAGUUAUGUUAUAACUGAUUGUAGCUAUGGGGGACUCGUAAUUGACAAAACAGAUCGUAAUCUGCUUUCUGACAUCUUUUCUUCAUGUUGCAAUCAAGAAGUUAUAGAUGCUAAUAUUUACAGUUUUCCUACAGAAAAAUGCUAUACUUUUCCUCCCACGUCCAACAUCCUGGAACAUAUAAAGACUUUCCCACACGAAACAGCACCAGAAGUAUUAGGUUUACAUUGCAAUGCGGAUAUAAUACGAGGAAAACAAGAAAUCGAGGGACUAUUUAAGAAUAUUUGCUUCAUACAAGCCAAAGCGGUGAACGAGGAUGGCUUCUCUGAAACGAUCAUUUCUGCACUAGUAGAAGACAUCUUGAAAAAAUUACCAUCGCAAUUAAAUGUUUUUUCCUCGGAUGCUUCUCCACAUCAUCCAGCAUUAUUCCGAGAGAUUUUUCAAUACAAUAACUUGAUUGGUGUAAUGAAGUGUACUUUAAGAGAAGUACAAGAAGUCUUGAUUGGUCGAGCAUCCUCAUCCGAAGAGAUAGAAGAUGCAAUGGAAUGCUUACAGCAUGGAAAAAUUGCAAAAUUGUGGUUGCGCCUAGCUUAUCCUACUACAAAAUCUCUCGGGAGUUUUGUGAGCGAUUUGUGUCUUAGGUUUGAUUUCUUCAAAAGAUGGUGGGAAGAAAACAGUCUCGCUGACUAUUGGCUAUCCGCAUUUUACUUUCCUAGUGCCUUUUUAACAGAUUGUCUGCGAACUUAUGGUAAAAUCAUGGCCUUAUCAAUUAAAGACUUGAGAUUCGUGUUUGCAUCGAGGAGUGAAAUAUCAGUGAAAGAAGUGCCCAUUAGGGGAUUAUGUAUUGUAGGAGCUCAUUGGGAUGCGGAUAGAAAACUAUUGGUAGAGCUUCCACCUAGAACUCUUUGCAAUUCGUUACCGAGUAUCAUAUUUCGGAUUGAGACCAAUAUCCCGGAUACAGGUGAUCAUUAUAGGUGUCCUGUAUAUGCUAUUGGCACUCGAGACAAGAUUUCCAAUUACAUUUCAGACGUCACCUUGCCUUGCGACGGUAGGAAAGAUCAUUGGUUGUAUCGGGGAGUGGCAUUGUUAUGCCAAGCAGAUGAAUUUCUAGAUGAAGGAUGAGAAUUGCAUAACACAUUUGUCAAAAAUGGUGUAACUUCUGUUUUUAACUUUUAAAGAAAUCGAUGCUAAGAUUGAAAAAAAAAA